AUGAAGCACGAUAUCGGGGUGGUUACCCAGGCUACAUGGAGCGGCAAGGUGUUGAAGUUCAGGGACACUUCAGUUUUCUCAGUCUUGUUCUACCGGCCUGCAGACAAGGAAAGCAAGGCCCUCAUUGAUGGGGAAUAUGACAGUUUCGCCAAGAAAAUGAAAGGCAUCGUUCAGGUUUAUGCGGUAGACUGCGAUGAAAACCCCAAACUAUGCAAAGACAACAACGCAACACAACUUCCCCAAAUUAUCAUCUUUCCGCCGUUCCCUCUUCCCCCCUUCCCCUUACAAGGGGCGAGAGACGUGGAGAAUAUGUCAAAGGCAGUUCGGCCUUUGAUACCUUCGAAUGUCAAGUCAGUGGCAAACCAGAAGGAGUUGGACGCGCUGAUUGCCUCAACUGUUCAGAUGCCUAAGGCCCUCUUCUUCUCGGAUAAACUGACGAAGCCUUCUCUCCUUGUCAAAGCACUCAGCAACGCUUUCAAGGACAAGUUGGCCUUGGUUCUGUUGAACAGUACUGCGUUCCCAGAAGCAGUGAAGAAGUAUAAAGUAUCUUCUUUUCCACAUUUGGUAGUGGUGAGGAAGGACAAGAAGGAUGAAGUUUAUAAGGGAGCAUUUGAAUUUCAAAAGCUGUUCGACUGGCUUAAUGUCUUCUCGGAGACCUUCGUCAUGGGGGGUGGAUUCUCAGACACUGCUCCUGCUGCAGAAUUCGACCCCGAACUGCAGCCCUGGAAGGUGGAGGCGAUUCCGGAGUUGACGAAGCAGUCUAGCCAGGACGUGUGUUUCAAGAAGAGCAACAAGUUUGUGUGUGUGAUGCUGGCGAAGAAGGGCCGUGAGCUUACUCCAGAAGAGCAGGAAAUGAUGGAGUCUUUAAAAGAAGACUACGAAGGCCACGACGGCAAGGGCCCCGAUUUCCGUUUCAUGUGGAUUGACUUAGCAACAGAGAAAGAAUGGGCUGAACUCUUCGAUGUCUCCAAGACCCCCACUGUUGUUGCUAUCAAUCCCCACAAGAAAGUUCGUUUCCUCAAGCUUGAUGGUGACCUCCCCGCCACAAAGCCCCACAUCCGGAAGAUGCUGGAAAAGAUUUCUAGCGGAGACGCCCGUUUUAAGAUCGUCCCCCAGGCGAAGGUUCCCAAGUUCGUCGACAGGAAGGAUGCAAAAGAAGAUACUAAGAAGGCGGAUACCAAGAAAGACGAACUAUAA